AUGUUAGACUCUUCUAUGAACUUGGAAAAAGAAUGUCAAGGGAAUUUGAUUACAACAUCACCAUCCUCAUCGGAUUCUUUGAAACAACGAUCCCUUUAUAUUAAUGGGCAGAAUUCUGAUAAUUUAUUGUAUAAUGGAUGUCAUCGAAAUUCUGCCGGUUCUAGUUCAAGUCAUGGCAGUUCUUCUGGUUUCGAAAGUAUGAAGAGUGGUUCCUCGCAUGUCUGUUCAGCAGUUAGUACUCAAAGCGCCAUUGGUAGUAAUUCUUCAUUUUCAAGAACUUCAUCUACUGUGUGUGGAUCGUCAUCGGGUGUGUUACUGAACAAUUCCCAAUCGCGCCUUUCGAUGCAGAGCAAUAGUAGUGGUGAUGCUUCUUUGAUAAUAAAUAAUAUGGCGAAUGUGUUUGAUGAUUCACGAGCUGAGCAUGUUCGUGGAGAUAAUCUUGAGGAUACUGCUGGAUUAUCCUUUUCUGACAUGAUACUUAAAGGAAUGCCGGAAGCAGAAAUUUUGGCAAUGUGGCUAAAUAGUUUGGGAUAUCCGGAAUAUUUAACAGCAUUCUUGACUCAUGGUUACGAUCUUUCGACUCUCGCUCGGAUAACACCUGAGGAUUUGACAGCAUUGGGAAUAACCCAUCCAAUUCAUCGAAAAUUUAUCAUUUCUGAAAUUCAUAGGUGGCGUAUAAGCGAUAGUUGGCCAACACUGGUAUCAUCAGGAAAAUUAAGAGAUUGGCUUCCAUUAAUUGGCCUUCCUGAAUAUGUUCCUUUAUUCGAGGAUCAGGGGUACUGCAGAAUUGACGAGAUUCAGAAUUUUAUGUGGGAAGAUUUUGAAGAUAUCGGCAUCAAGAAAUUGGGACAUUUAAAACGUCUUGGCCUUGCUAUCAAAAAAAUAAAGGCAACCAGCGAUGGUUUGCGUUCACAUCGGACACCACCACCUCCUGCUCCAAUAUCCACGUUUCACCCAAAAAGUUUGGGUACCUUAUGCGAUAAUUAUUAUAAUAUUGAGAAGCAACGUUCACAUAUUCGUGAGGUCUUUUCUGCUGAGUCACAUGCACAAAAACAGGUAUAUCCAUAUUAUCAGUCAACUGUAGCAAACGAAACGAUUCCUUAUCAUCUGCAAGAAUGUGAUAAACAAUUGCUGGAAUCCGACUUAAAUAAGCAAAAAACAAGUUCGCUACAGAAUCUGUGUUCUCUUUCUCGAAUUCUUUCUGAUGAAAGCUUCCAACAACAUUCUGUUGUCCGACAACAAUUGUCCGUACUCCCCACUAAGAUUUUAAGCACCGCUGAUAAUUCGAUCAGUUCUGAUUCAGAAGACUAUCCACCUCCUCCUGCACCCCUAGCAUGUGAAGGGUCCAUUCAGCUUUUGAGAUCGGCAUUUAAUGCAUCUACAAUGACAGCAACAACUGAAUCAGGCACAGCAGAUGGUAGUAAUUUUGAACAGCAUUAUAAUGGGAUUAAUUCCUUCUCAUUAAACGAGCAACUUUCAUUUGCAAAUGAUAACUGUGGUACAAUAAAAAAUCGUGAUAGCUUAUCGUUGGGGAGCAAAUGGAGCGAAGGAUCGACAAGUACGAGUUUUUCACAGCCACGUCACAGUUACUCAACAUCAGCGAGUAAUGGCGAUGUAUUGAAUGAUAUUGGCAGUAUGCUGCAGAAUUUAACAGAUGAGUUGGAUGCGAUGUUGUUACCUUCGCAGACUAUCCGAUAUUCUCCUAAUAGACAAAUUCCUUUCUAA